ACCACUUCAUUGGUGCAUUGCAAAAUGGUUCAAAGUCUGUUUACGGAUGUGUUCUGCAGUGAAUCGUGGUCCAAACAAUAUACUUGUCAAGAACUUCUGAAGUAUAUGUAUUAAGUGCGUGGAAACAACCUCACAGUCUAAUGUAAUCUACAGUAAACAAAAAGUGGACUUUCAGAAGAGGGGAGGUUUUGUCAAAGAAUGUGUGACUUGUAGUAUGGAGAACUGUAUGGUAACUUCGGUGUAUGGCUAAUGAAAAGUGCCGCGAAUGUUUCAAAAGUAAACCCAAUGUUUUAUAUUGCGCUUUUAGGGCAAUUCAUGUUAUUUAAAGGCCCUGACAAGGUGUCGUUCGUGGUAGAAAAUACAUCUGUAUUUUUAUACACAAAGUGAAACAAAAAUUUCAAAAUGGCGGAACACCAAGGAAAUCCAUCAAAUCAUAUUAAUCAAGGUUCUCUUUACAACCAACCUCUAGUAACAAAUUCAGUGGAGUUCACGUUGCCUGUUGCAGCGGAGAAGCGAAGAGCUUUGAAGCUGAGUUUUGGUUCGACGCCUAGUGGAUUUCCACUUGGUGGGCCAUCUACCCAUCCCAUUCAACCUUUCGUGUACACAGCAGAAGAUAGAUUUAGCAGCAGCCCUUCCAGAACGCGAAUUCCAACCCAGCGCCGAGCUUACCCCUACGAGGAAGCUGAAAAAACAAGGGAUAGGUUUGCUUUUGGACAAUCAACAGGAAAACUAAAGGUGUCUCCAGAAUUGGUAUAUGAUUUUACAUCAGAUGACCUUCAAGAUCUUGGAGAAAUUGGCCGUGGAGCAUUUGGUACUGUUAAUAAGAUGGUCCAUCGACGCAGCAAUACUGUUAUGGCUGUGAAGCGAAUCCGGUCCACUGUAGAUGAAAAAGAGCAGAAGCAAUUGCUGAUGGACCUGGAAGUGGUGAUGAAGUCUAAUGAGUGUCCUUAUAUAGUGCAAUUCUAUGGGGCUCUGUUUAAAGAAACUGUUAAGGCUCUCAACUACCUGAAGGAACAAUUGAUGAUUAUCCAUCGUGAUGUGAAGCCCAGUAACAUUUUGCUUGAUAAACGAGGCAACAUUAAAUUGUGUGAUUUUGGCAUAUCAGGCCAAUUGGUAGACUCAAUUGCUCGGACACGGGAUGCUGGUUGCCGACCAUACAUGGCACCAGAGAGAAUUGAUCCUCAGCGAGCUCGUGGUUAUGAUGUUCGAUCUGAUGUUUGGUCACUUGGAAUCACCCUGAUGGAAGUGGCAACUGGGCGUUUUCCUUACCCUAAAUGGAACUCGGUUUUUGAGCAGCUUUGUCAAGUGGUGCAGGGUGACCCUCCACGACUUUCACCUAAUGAAAAUGGAAACCAUUUUACUAUGGAUUUUGUCAACUUUGUAAAUACUUGUUUGAUAAAGGAAGAAACACAACGGCCCAAAUACAACAAAUUAUUGGAACAUCCUUUUAUUCGGCGCAGUGAUGAAGCAGUUGUAGAUGUUGCCCAGUAUGUUAAAAAUAUACUGGACAACAUGGCUAACAACGGUGCUCCAAUGUUCACAACCAACCAGCCCUGAUGGCGCGGGGCACUGGCACUGGCUGAAGAACGGUGCGCUCGAGUACGUGCCCCACUCGCAGCUUGGCUGGCAGGGCACUGGCCUUCUGCACCCAGCUGAGAGGCAUCUGGACUCUUCUGUCUGUGCCAGGACACAUUGCACUGUGCACCUGCAGUGUACCUUCCAGUGUGCAUGUACAUUUUCAGUACCUAAUGACCAGUCACCAGUGUAUAUUUAUUUGAUGUGGUGUAACAGCAGAUUGUGUGAUAAACUCCACCUAUGAACUGCAGUUCUCCAGCCAACUGCUUGUUAAUGCAUUGAACAGCUUAUUCUUUGGCUGUUUGUUUGCUAUCCCUGUAUAGUAGUAAUACAUACAAUAAGAAGGGGUGUGUAGACUUAAUGCAGUGUAUACUGUAUUCUUUGUUUUGCUUCUGGAAAUACCAGAUCUUGUGGGAGCUGGUCAUGGUGUUAAAGUUGGCUGAGACAUCUCAUUUUUAGGUCCCAAGAUUAACUCUUAUGGAUUCUAACAAGGUCGUGUAUGAGGGAAGAAGACAUGGAAGAAACACUGGAUCUUUAAAUAAAAUUUGUAAUAAAAAAUAAGUUACAUCUAAAACAUAAAAGCAAUCUACAAAAUAUCCAACUUGUAUUCUGAGAUCUUAAGUUGUAUAUAAAAUUUACAAACUUGUCAUAUAGCAAAAAAUCUACUAGGACGGUGCUGAGGCAACUUGUUCUGAGGAACUCUCAGUGGCAUCGCGCAGCAAGAAUAGGUCUGGUCCUUCACUCUCAUCUCACUUGUAUAACUUCGAUGCAUUUUACAUAAAAUGGCACCACUUCUUAUGGCACAUCACUAUCCUUGAUCAUUUUAGUAAAAUAUUUUCCAAGGCUCCUCUUUUUUUACUUUCUCCUUAAAUAGUUCUUGAUAUAUAGGUCUAGCACAAUAGGAUGAUCAAAUGUAACAUUCCACAGAUUCGUAUUAGAACAGUUCAUUUUAUUUUAUGCCUGUCCUUCGAAUUUUCUCGUGAAUGUAUUGUUAGGGCUGUCUGGAAUUGAAGAAAGCAAUUGUUGUCUGUUACAUUUUAUAUUGUGUACGACUCUCCGAUAAGGUUUAAAACCGAAAUUAUAUCAGAAUUUAAAAGAUUACUACUACAGAAUUUAAAAGGUUACUUGUUUUGGUUAUUGUUUCAUAUCUGAGGUAUUUCCAUUUCAUCCUAGUUUGCAAGACCUAUACUUACAUUUUAUACCCUUGCUUGUAAUUCUUUCUAUAAACAAUCCAAGAAUUCUACCACAGCAUCAAUGCUGUUUAAAAAAGGUUUAAAAAAUAAAUUAUUGAUGAAAUAUGUUCUUUUAUAAAAUUAUAUCUACUUUUUUCUUUACUUAAUCCUUAUACAAUUUGACACAAUUGCAAGCACCUUAUAAAAAGUUUCCAAAUUCUUCUCAUACCCUGUAUGUUGCAUUAACUAUCCUGAUCAAUAUACUGUACAUUUUAUCAAUUAACUGAUCUUGUUUUUGUCAAACUGCUCCCAAGAUCACUUCAGAACAAACUCUAAUAACUUAGAACUUUUUGGAGAGUAGGUUCCCCAUCACAUUUCCGGUCCAACUCCAAUUUGAAGAUGGGAAUUUCUUUCUUGAAGAGAUAAUAGGCAGAAAUCAGAUCGAUCGGCUGGGCUCAAGUGUUUUCUUCUGCCU